AAAGAAAUGAAGUGCUGUUAUAUUAAACAGUUCUGUCAAUUCAUUGUCUUUAAUAAUAAAGCGAAAAACAUUACGAUACAAUUCAUUUGCAGUGCAGUGCUUCGUGGAGAAAAUGGCCGAGUGGAAGCAAAGUGAACCUUGCAACGAGCCUUGUGAUGAAAAUAUCGGGAUUCAAUCUAUAACACCGCAUUCUAGUAAAGUGGUUUGUAUAGUUCCUGGAUGUCGUACACGGAAUGGCCAAGGAUAUUCAUUCCACAACUUUCCCCCGAAGGCGGAUAGAAAACGGUAUAUGGUUUGGUUGACAAAAUUGCGACUGAAUUAUGAGCCAUCUCCGUCGUCGAAAGCUUGCAGCUUACAUUUUAGCAUUACAAACUUUGUUGUUCCUACUGCGAGAAGGCUUACUGAACGGAUGAUUUUAAAAAGAACAGCCAUACCAGACAUCAACUUACCUAAACCAAUUUGUAACACAGUGAGAGAAAUAGCAGCUAAAAAUCGCGCAGAACGAGCAGCCAGGCGGAAUGAAUUUAAACCAGAUCUGAAUCAUUAUAUGGAGGACAGCCAAAUGUCGAUCUGUGAUGAUACUGAGGACGCAAUAGACAUUAUUACAGCACCGGACUUUGAGCAAGCAGCUGUUAUUACAUCACCGGACUUUGUGCAAGCAGCUGUUAUUACAUCACCGGACUUUGUGGAAGCAGCUGUUCAGGUGGACACGCUUGAUUUGGAUAAACUUUUUAUCGGUCGUCGUAGAACUAUGUCUGUCCACUUUAAAACCGAUUCGGAGUUGAACUCCUGGACAGGGUUAGCUUCCCUCAAAAUGUUGGAUACCAUCGUUGAGGGCUUAUGUUCGUUGGCCGCGUAUAAGAAGCGAUCGCACUCUACCGUUCCUGUAGAAGAGGAAGUGCUUGUAGUGUUUGUGAAAAUGAAAACGAAUAUAUCGUUCUCUUGCAUGAGUGCUCUGUUUAACUUACAUUACCAGACUAUUUCUCAGGUGUUUACCGGACAGUUCCAUUGUUGAAGAUGAUGUGCACUCCAUUAGUACCAUGGCCAACACAAGAAGAAGUUAAUCGCAAUAUGCCACACUAUUUCCGACCAUAUUAUACUGACGUUAUCGCUGUACUCGAUUGCACUUUAAAAUUGAAUUGCAAAUUUAA